CCCUCUCUGUCGUUCAUGGAAUAAAGACACAAGAAAACCCCGCGCUCUCCUCGUCCUGCCUCAGAAAGUAAAAUUAUGAAGAACCGAAACAGAGGCAAAGUCUCACCUAAAUGGAUUGCUAUUCUUUGCAUCUUCAGCUUUGCUCUUGGCAUGCUUUUCUCUAAUCGAGUUUGGACUCCCCCAGAAUCAGAUGGAAGGAUCAUGUUUGGAAGGCGCCAUAAACAAGAGAGAGACUUGGCUUCUGUUUCUGACAAUUGUGAUUCCAAAAAUAGUCAGAAGGAGGACAUAGUGGGAGAGUUUAACAAAGCCGAAGUAGCUAUCCACUCGUUGGAUAAUUCAAUUGCUAAGAUUCAAAGUGAGCUACCUUCAAUUAGGAGAACUGAAGCAGUUCCUUCUACAAGCGCAGAUUCUGAAAGAAAUGGGACGAGAAAGAAGGCAUUUAUGGUUAUCGGAAUAAACACUGCCUUCAGUAGUAGAAGGAGGCGUGAUUCUAUUAGAGAAACCUGGAUGCCUCAAGGUGAAAAACUACUUAGAUUAGAGCAAGAAAAGGGGAUCAUUGUGCGCUUCAUGAUCGGCCACAGUGCAACAUCAAAUAGCAUUUUAGAUCGAGCCAUUGAUAGUGAAGACGAUCAGCAUAAGGACAUUCUUCGACUUGAUCAUAUAGAAGGUUAUCAUGAGUUAUCUGCGAAGACCAAAGCUUUCUUCUCGGCUGGAGUUGCAAAAUGGGAUGCUGAGUUCUAUGUAAAGGUUGAUGAUGAUGUUCACGUCAAUUUAGGUACACUAGCUGCAACUCUUGCCAGGCACAGGUUAAAACCCAGGGUGUAUAUAGGAUGCAUGAAAUCCGGGCCAGUUCUAUAUAAAAAGAGUGUUAAGUACCAUGAACCUGAGUUCUGGAAAUUUGGAGAGACGGGAAAUAAGUACUUCCGACAUGCAACCGGACAGAUAUAUGCCAUCUCAAAAGAACUGGCAACCUACAUUGCCAACAACAAACGUAUUCUGCAUAAAUAUGCAAAUGAAGAUGUGUCACUCGGGGCAUGGUUGAUUGGUCUAGAAGUUGAGCACAUUGAUGAUCGUAACAUGUGCUGUGGAACUCCUCCUGAAUGUGAAUGGAAAGCACAAGCAGGUAAUAUUUGUGUGGCAUCAUUUGAUUGGAGCUGCAGUGGAAUUUGCAAAUCAGUCGAAAGAAUCAAGCACGUGCAUGCAAAAUGCGGCGAAAGGCCUGCUACUCUAUGGGGUGCUCUCAUAUAGUCAUCACUAAUCUCAUUGUCAGAAGGUAUUCUUCAACUAUGAUAUCUGUCCUCUCAGCUUUAAGAGGAGAUCAUUUGGAAGGACGCGGCCCAAGCUACCAAAGAAAACUAGUAGUGCAGAGCUUGGUGGAGAACUUAUCACUGCUGUUUAUAUGACGCGAAAACAAAUAUACAUAUUGCUUGCUAGAGGCUGUUGAUAAGAAGGAGAGCAUAAAUAGUAGGAAGAGUUUAGUCUUCAUUUAGUAUAAUUCUUUCCACAGAUGAGAGCGGAUUGGAUGUUAGUUACUAGAUUUCUAAUUCCACUGUAUAUUGUGACAUACUUUUUUUGUCCAACUCUUGGUUAUGAUUGCCAAUGAAAUAUUCCCUCAUCUCCACAAGCUUUUCAUA